CUUUAGUUUGCUGGACACUUCCUGGUAGACACACAGUCUUUCCUCCACUCUCUCCAAAGGUGGGAUUCGGGCUGAUUCACUGCAGGAAAUAAUAUUAUUUGUGAGCUACAUCAACAUUAUCAGCACUGUGUUAGAGCGGAUGGUUUAAACAGACAUUCUGAAAGCAGAAGAGUGUCCACAGCAGACAGAGCUGAACUACUUUGGCUGAAGAAAAGCAGAAGAAUUGGACAGAAGAUUCUCAUGACAAGUUACAGUCACGGUGGAUUUCACAACCCUGCCUACCAUGACAGUGAAACUCUGGAAAUUGAUAGGAGGUACUCUAGGAAAACCGACCACACCAACCCUUACGCCCGGGAGGAGGUGGCAUGGCGGGGUUCUAAUAACAGAACAGUGGCAGAACAUGGUUCCAUGAUUCAGACGGUCAGUGGUAAUGAUUCACCGUAUGGAGGAUGGCAGGAGGAGAACAGGAGGGGGCGAGAAAACAUCCCAAUGGGUUUAAUCUCAACACAGCCUGGGAGAACUCCAUGGCAGAAUGACCUCAACCGCAGUACGUCUUACUCCAACAUUGACUCCCAGUAUAAUCCAUCACCUCCGGGCCCACCGCCCUCCUCAAUUACAGGCAAAAGUACAAUAAGGUGGAGAGGAAACACCAUGAGGAGGAUGAGCAUGUUCCCUAACACUGACCCAGCUUACGCUGCUUUCACUGAGAACGCAAUCAAGAAUGAGAUGGAGAAUGAAGAGCAGAACUUGGUCAAGGAGCUCGUGCCCCUCUCGACCCGAGAACGAAUCCAAGCCAUUCAAGAGCUUCCCAUGAGUUUUGAAGAAAAGAAACACAUAAGGAGUCAGGUUCUUGCAUUCAAAUCGUCCAACCAGUCUCGGCAGUGCACCUGUUUUACAGAUUGUUCAGAAAAUGUCUCACUGUUCUUCCGCAGGUGUGGCUACGCUAUCAGAUCGACCAAGCAGACCCUGGGACUGUGGCAGGGCACCAUGAAGGAGAUCGGUGGCAAGUUUGGCACCAGCGUUCUCUCCUACUUCCUGUUCCUCAAGUGGCUGCUCAUGUUUAACAUUUUCUCCUUCCUGGUCAACUUCAGUUUUAUCACCAUCCCUGUGCUUGUUUUUGAACCUUCACCUAACACUCCUGCAAAUGUGACCUUCAGAGGACUGGAGCUACUGACUGGAGCUGGUUACUUCAGGUACACUGUAAUGUACUAUGGUGGUUACAGCAAUGAGACUCUUCAUGGUCUAGUGGACUAUGACAUGCAGCUGUCCUACUUCUUCACCAUCGCUGUUUACAUGGCGCUGUGUGUAUUUGUACUAGUCAUCAGCGCAACAAACUCCUUCAAAAAUAACUACACUCCAGAGGCCUCAGCUUCAAACGGUGCGUGGCAGCUUCUUUGCAGCUGGGAUUUCAGGGUAACCAAUGAGAGAGCAGUGAGGCAGCGCAAGAACAACCUGCGUGUACAACUCAAGGAGUCUCUGUCAGAGAAUUCCUACAGCGAGCAACUAACUCUCUCUGUGAGACUCAAGCAUUUUGGGAUUUAUCUUGGUUUCUGGCUUCUCUCCAUUGGUUUAGCCGCUGGCUGUGGAGCCAGUAUCUUCUUUCUGUGCCGCUAUGAAGAGCAGAGGACUACUGAUUCUGUGAGCUGGACUCUGGCACAGGAGGCUGAGACUCUCGUGGUUCCAUUUGUGGUUUCUCUGAUGAACCUGGUUGUUCCACUCUUUUACUCUCUCUUCAACAAGUUUGAACAUUACUCCAGUCAGAGGAGAAAGGUCUACGCUCUGGUGCUGAGAAACGUCUUCCUCAGGUUGUCCAUCCUGGGCGUCCUGUGUUAUCACUGGAUGAAUGUGGUGUCUAAGAAGUAUUCGUGUUGGGAAACCAUCGUGGGACAGUCUUUGUACCGUCUGGUUAUCUUCGACUUCAUGUUCCUGUUGUUGGGAUCUUUCUUUGGAGAGUUUCUUAGAAAUGUCAUCGGCACCACGUUACUACCCAGUCUGGGGGUGCCAGAUUUCGACAUUGCCAGAAAUGUCCUUGAGCUCAUUUAUGCACAGACUUUAAGCUGGGUUGGGAUCUACUUCUCUCCUCUGCUGCCUGCCAUUCAGAUCCUCAAGUUUUUCAUCUUGUUUUAUCUGAAGAAGGUCAGUCUGACCCGGAACUGUCAGCCUCCACAGAGAACAGGCAGAGCAGCUCAGAUGCAGACAGCCUUCAUCUGCCUCCUCUUCUUCCCCUUCUUUGUGGGAUCCUUGUCCAUAGUUGGAUACACUGCCUGGAGUCUGACUCCUUCAACGCAGUGUGGUCCAUUUAAAGGCCUCAACAACACCUUCAGUGUGGUGGCAGUCUGGAUGGAGGAGCUGGAGGAGAUCCCCGGUGCUGACUGGGUCAUUUGGAUUUACCAGAGAGUCAUCAGGAGUGAAGUUUUUUAUUUUCUCAUCACAAUCAUCAUCAUAAUCAUCACAUACAUGUUCUGGCAAAUCAGUCAGGGCCGGAAGGAGCUCAUUGGAAUCUUAAAGCAGCAGAUUGUUAAUGAGGGAAAGGACAAGUCAUUCUUGUUAGACAAACUCCAGAACCUGCAGAAACCAAAUAGGUCAAAUAAAAGACACAAACAAAUGAAUACAGAAAAGCACUCCAAACGCCCAGAGGACCACUCCUCAGGAGGUCCGUCCAAAUCAAACGCCAUGUUCCAGGCUUUACUGGCUCGGCAGCAGCUGGAGGAGGAGGAAGAAAGGAGGAGCACGGAUGGAGUUCCGGUUCCCUCUGACAUCUCCAGCUCCAGUGCCCUGACGCUGGCCAUGAUGGCCCGUCAGAGAGCUGAGGGUCAGGAGGAGCAUUUCACCCGCGUGUCUGACCAGCACUUUUCACAAUCCAGUGGCUUCGCACAUGUGACGCAGGUCACACAGAGGUCAGGGGGUCAGCUGACGGAUGGAUACUACGGUGCACCGGAGGACCUGGACCAUCCCACGUCUUCUGUCUCCAGUAUAAUGAUGCAGGUCAUGCAGGCCAGACAGAGAGCAGAAGAAGAGGACAGAAGGCAGUGGGCUCCUGCCCACCCUCAGAACCAGGCUCCCUCAGGCUCCAGCGCACUAAUUCAGGCCAUGCUGGCCCGGCAGCAGGCCCAGAAUGAGUUUGAUGAUGGAUACUGACAACUGAACUCUGAUUUGUUGCAUUUUAGUUUCUCCUGAAAACAUGUCAAUUACACAACAGAAAAAUAUCAGAGAGAGAGUGCAGGUCACUCCUCUUAUCACAUGUAUAUUUAAAUAUGUUAUUCCCAUACUUAUAAAUAAAC